UUUCAACUCUACAUUUUCUUUCCCACCAAACACCUUUUUCCAUUAUAUAUAUAUAUAUACAUAUACUCGGUGUCGUAUAAUAUUUGUUUGUAUUGCGAGUUCUCCAGAACAGUUUCUCAUUCUCUCUCAUUUUCUUUUCCUUCACGUAAAGAACAGGUAUAGAACGAAUAGGAUAGGGGUGAAAAAGAAAGAUCUGAGGAGUUUUGCUUUUCGAGCUUCAGAAAUUAAUUAAAGAUUCUCCAAAUGGGCUCGAUUCCAUCGGAGCUGAGUUUGGAUUUCAGAGCAAGUUAUGUUCCGAAAUCGAUCCAUGAAUUUCUCAACGAGGUUUCCUCCAUCGAAAAUGUGUCCGAGAGGGCCACGAAGCUUGGCGAUUUCGUCCGAAGAUUGGAAGAGGAAAUGAAGAAGAUCGACGCAUUCAAACGCGAGCUUCCUCUAUGCAUGGUUUUGUUGAGCGACGCUAUUCUAGCUCUGAAAAAGGAGUCAUCCCAAUGUGCAGUGACAACAAAUCCUCAGCCAGUGCUUGAGGAGUUUAUACCAUUGAAGAAGGAUUGUGAAGAAGAAGAUGAAGAACAUGAGGAGAAUAACAAAAACAAAAGUGAAAAAGACUCAAGAGAUAAAAAGAACUGGAUGAGCUCUGUUCAGCUAUGGAACACGGAUGAUAUUUCCAGCAGUGAUCAUAUAACCAAGAAUCUAAAGCAAAAUUCUAAGACUCAAACUAAGAUGAGUAACGAGAAGGUUUUGAAAAUUGAGGACCCAUUUCAGAGUUGUAGAGAUAGGACUUCAGGGAGGGCUUUCGCACCGUUUAUUAAGCCGUAUUCUGGUUUUUUGGUAAGGAAGGAAGAGAAAGAUGAGUUUUCGAUUCCAGGGCUUUCUUUGCUUACUACGGGCUUGAAGAAUCCCAAGGAGGAAUCGGGUUGCGGCAGUGGUAGAUCCAAUUCUGGUCGAGCUGUAUCUUCCUCUCCAGCCAAUGUUCAUUCGAAUUUACGAAUUGGGUCACAGCAGACUGCUCGGAAACAGAGAAGGUGCUGGUCACCUGAACUGCACAGGCGAUUCGUCAAUGCCUUGCAGCAACUCGGUGGUUCACAAGUGGCCACCCCUAAGCAAAUUAGAGAACUCAUGCAAGUAGAUGGUUUGACCAAUGAUGAAGUGAAGAGUCAUUUGCAAAAAUUUAGACUUCACACAAGGAGAGUUCCAUCAGGCACAUCAGCUCAUGCAAACCAAUCGGUUGUCGUUUUAGGUGGCUUAUGGAUGAGCCCAGAUCAAUACGGCGAUUCUUCAAAAGCUAGUAGUGCACAGUCAGGUUCUCCCCAAGGUCCCCUCCAGCUAGCUGCAACUAGAGGUGGAAGCCCCACUACAGGGGAUGAUGACAGCAUGGAAGAUGAUGAUGAUGAUGAUGCUAAAUCUGAAGGCUUUAGCUGGAAAAAUCACCUUCAUAAAACCUUGAAAGAUGAUGUAUAGAGAAAGUCACCAAGAGAAUUUUGCAGAUAAAAUUAUAUACACCAUUGGAUAAGAAAAAUAAUACAACAGCAUGUAAAAAGAACCUCGAGUCUUUUGAUAAUAGAGUGAGAGAAGAGAGACAGAGAGCGGCUAUUAAAAUUUUGCAGGAUUAGUUUUCUUUGGUUAUCUCAAAGAUGGGUUUUUCUUUUUAUUUUUUCUUUUUCUUUUAUGGAGUUGGUAUAAGAACUUUUACUAAUUUUUUCUUUCUUCUUCCUUUUGUGUUGAAAAUUUACUAUCUGAAAUUGUUGUUCAAAACUCAGUUUGAUUGA